UACAAAGUUGUCCUGUCCCCCCCUUGCCCUCUCCCCUUCGGCUCCAUUCUUCUCUUCCUUUCCCGUUCCCGUUUUCUCACUCACUUCACCCCCCCCCUUCACCUUUCUUUUCUCCCCCAUCUUGGCAUCUUCCUUUCCCUCCAUUUCCCUUGUUGCCGUCUCUCCUUCUCCCUCGUCUUAUGCCUGUUCUCCCUAUUCUCCUUCUUUCUAAACAUAAUAUUCGCACACAUAUACUCCUUCUCCUCCCCCUGUUUUUUCUCUUCGCCUUGGCUUUCUUAUCCGUGGUCGGUCUCUAAAUCUUAUGACAUAUGACAGAGGAGGCGGUAUUUAUAUUACUCCAUUUGAUAAUACCCCACAUCCUCCCUGUCGAGAAAACCAGCUCCCUCCGAGACACCGACCAAAAAAAAAAAACGGUGUGUAGUAGACGAGGCAUCCUCGCGAGUAUCCGUCCUACACACCUGACACGCCGUCCUACAUGGACGCCGAAUCCCCAUCAUGGGCUGGUUGAGUUUUCUGUCGAGAAAGCCAUCCCUCGCCGAGAAUACCAGCGAUCUCAAGGCACAAGCCUACCACGAGACCGUCGCGGCAAACCCUCCAAUCCGCGGCACCUAUCCGGUAGCUGGGAAUGGCUUCAAGAUACUGGACAAGAUCCAGAAGUCCAAUCCGCACUUGAGAGACUUCAACCACCACCAAAACAACGCCGCCCCUUUUCCUCGCGUCGCUCGCUUUCUCGAGCGCCCGAGCACCGCCCCUGACCAUGCCCAGCCUGAAGGAUCCGUCCGCCUGCCAUCCCAGCCGGAGGCCUUGCCGAAGCCGGCUCGAGAGCCGCCGAAGAAGCGCCACGGUCCCUACAAACUACCCCCCAAAUCCACCCCCAGCCGAAAUGACGACAGCGCAACCGCCAUAUCCGUUCGGAGCACGCGUUCUCUGGCUUUCACCGCCAACCGCACCUCUUCGAUCUUGACCGGCGACUCGGGAUCGACGAGAUUCGUCGACCUUUUGGACGCGCAAUCCUUCAUCCGGCCAUCCGAUUUCUACGGUCGCGUCAGGGCCGCCGGCACCAAGGGCUACGCCGAAGACGUCGCCGAUCGUAACAUUGGCGAGAAUGGAUCCGACAUUAAUUCUGUCCCGGCCCGCCAAUUUUACGCCGCUUCUUCCCGCCUCGACAGCAGAGGCAUCGACGGCGACGACGCUAGUGAGUACUACUACGACGAUGACGACGACUAUACGCCGCCUCCGUCACGGAAACGGUAUUCCGAAGGAUACGGCCUGAGGACCAAAUCUAGCCAUUCCGACCGUCACGGCGCCUUUCCUAAGAAAUCUUCUUCGCAUAUGCCUCUGCAGAGAUUUGUCGAUGCGGAUGAGGAUGAAAUCGACCGAGCAAAUCUGGCGAGUAAGGCCCGUCGAAAAUCCUUGCAUUCGUACAUUCCCCAAUCCUCUUCUGCAGGUCGGCCGAGGAGCACUUCGACGGGGAAAAGGGCGGCCGAGACGAGCCGUCACCACUUUCCCGACUCCCUUCGAGAGAAUGCUCUGGCCGCCGCCCGAAUGGAUCGCGAAGGCAACGAAUUCGAAGGUUGGGACGAAGAGAACUACCCGGCGCAGUCGCUCCGAAAACUUCGACGCACCGGAGCAUUCGAGAAGGGUUCAAAUGCCGAUACGCUCUCCUUCCAUACCCGCAGCGAUUCUAGACAGACCCUGCCAGGUCAGGAGGACCAACACCACCCGCCUAGGGAUCCGCAGCGUCCCAGAGCCAUGUCGAAUAGAUCUGCUUCGACUAUCAUUAAGCCUAUGGUCCAGGAGGACGGUCUGCUGGGGUUUCAAUCCGCUAGUCGCAAGGGACAUCUCUCAGAACUCGAUCUGCCAUAUGCAGCAGAGGGUUCAUGGCGAGAAAUGAACCGCGGCUCGUCAACGUACUACCGGAAUUCUAGGUUUCCCAAUAUCCACGACUUGUUUUACGAAUUCCCUCCUCUGGAAGCCGAAGCUCUGUCCCGUGUCGAGCCGCCUUACUAUCCCAAUAAUAGAGACAAGCUGGACCACCACGGUCGAAAUCGAAGCGCCACCGCCGCCUCUAAGAAAAGCCUCAAGCGCUCUGAUAUCGACGAUCCGUCCCCCGAACAGAGUAGUACCCGUCGCUGCUCUCUGACCUCUGAAACCGCGGGCUCGACGCAGAGCUCAAACCCGUUUAGACCGCAAUCCGGUCACACUGCUAACACAUCUAUCGACCUUGCGCCUCGCGGGUCGCCGCUCAAACCAGUCGAGCCGAAUCAAUUGGCCCCAAUGCCUAGGCAGAGCCGGACGACGGCGAGAAACGGCACGGAAACGUAUCCAGACAAGUUCGCACGCCAUCGCCAAGUUAACGUAGACGUGCUUGCAGGAUCUCUUUCUCACCGUAGUCGGCAUGUGCACUCGUUGAACUCGUAUGCUGACGGCCACGGCCACGGCGGCGGCGACGACGACGACGACGACGAGAUAUCAGACGAUUCUUUCACUGCGCCCCGCCGGCCUACGCGCGAAUUCGAGAGGGACUUACUCUUCCAGGGCUACGGGUUCGAAGGCGCCCAACUGCCGGGGCUACCGGGGCUGUUUGACGCAGCGGUGCCGAGGACGCAGACGUUUUCCGCGUUCAACAGCAUGCCUCGUUCCACGCUCACCCUCAACUCGAACCCCGACAGAUACGCCCCGUCUAUGCCCGAGGCCAAGUACUCGACGCGGUCCCUGCCACACCCGUCCCGACGACCUCAACUACCUCGCCUCCAGAUCCCGCCUAGCCAUCACCACGUCGGUCACUACAGCGAGCCGAACUACAGCGACAGCUCCGACCAGCCAGACUCCUCCGAAGAUGAGCUAAACUUCGACAUUCCCAAGACGCGCCCUACCCUGUCGCAGCAACGGCGCCACCCCCAUCCCCGCGACGGCGGCGGCGGCAGCAGCGGUAACAGACUGCAGCACCUGCAGCACGAGGCGACUGCAGAGCGGCUGAGGCGGAACACCGACGACCCCGAACCCACCAGCGUUGCCAAGAUUGCCAAGCUCCGGCGGGAGGCGAAGGCGAGGGAGCGCGCGAGUGGCGCGUCGUCCCUGCGCCGGGGGACGGGGCGUGGCAGGGCGUCGGAUGUGGCUUCUCUCCCCCGCAGCAAGCUUGGCUCAGACGAUCCGUACGGUUACGCCGACGCCGAGUCGUGAGCGCAAGCAAGCGAUGGCCGACG